AUGGGGGAGGCCCAGUUCCUGGUCUCGCUGCUUCUGCAACUGCUGUGGGUGGCUCCAGUGGAGGCAGAGGUCCCAGAGGUGUGGGCCCAAGAGGGGGCUCCUGUCCAGCUCCCCUGCAGGCCCACAAUCCCCCGCCAGGAUCUUAGCCUUCGAAAAGGAGGGGUCACUUGGCAGCAUCUACCAGACAGUGGGCCCCCAGCCCCGGGUUCGCGCCCGGUGGCGCCCUCCGGCUACACAGUGCUGAGGCUGGCGCCCGGGGGCCUGCGCAGCGGGCGGCCGCCCCUGCAGCCCCGCGUGCAGCUGGAAGAGCGCGGCCUCCAGCGCGGGGACUUCUCGCUUUGGCUGCGCCCGGCCCGACGCGCCGACGCCGGCGAGUACCGCGCCGCCGUGAGCCUCAGGGAUCUCGCCCUCACCUGCCGCCUCCGUCUGCGCGUGGGCCAGGCUUCGAUGACUGCCAAUCCCCCAGGGUUUCUCAGGACCUCGGGUUGGGUCGUCUUGAACUGCUCCUUCAGCCGCCCUGACUUCCCAGCCUCUGUGCAGUGGAUCCGAGGCCCAGGCAGAGUCCCUGUUCAGAAGUCCCCCCAUCACCACUUGGCUGGGAGCUUUCUCUUCCUGCCCCAAGUCAGCCCUUCGGACUCUGGGCCCUGGGGCUGCAUCCUCACCUACAGAGAUGGCUUCACUGUCUCCAGCAUGUACAACCUCACUGUUCUGGAUCCGGAGCCUUCAGUUCCUCUGACAGUGUAUGCAGGAGCAGGUUCCCGGGUGGAGCUGCCCUGCCACCUGCCUCCUGGUGUAGGGGCCCAGUCUUCCCUCACUGCUAAGUGGGCCCCUCCUGGGGGAGGCCCUGACCUGCUGAUGGCUGGAGACAAUGGCAACUUUACCCUUCGACUAGAGGCUGUGAGCCAGGCCCAGGCUGGGACCUACACCUGUCUCAUCCAAAUGCAGGGGCAGCAGCUCAAUACUACUGUCACUUUGGCAGUCAUCACAGUGACUCCCAAAUCAGUGACUCCUGGCAACCUGAGAAAACUGCUUUGUGAGGUGACACCUGCAUCUAGACAAGAGCGCUUUGUGUGGAGACCCCUGGGCAAGCAGUCUUGGAGUUCCCUAGGACCCUGGCUGGAGGUGCAGGAGGCCAGCCUCCUUUCCCAGCCCUGGGAGUGCCACCUGUACCAGGGGGAGAGGCUUCUUGGAACAGCAGUAUACCUCACAGAGCUGUCUGACCCAGGUGCCCAGCGCUCUGGGAGAGCCCCAGGAGCCCUGAAAACAGGCCGUCUUCCUCUCUUUCUCAUCCUUGGUGUCCUCCUUCUGUUCCUUUUGGUGACUGGAGCCUUUGGCUUUCAUCUUUGGAGAAGACAGUGGCGACCAAGAAGAUUCUCUGCUUUAGAGCAUGGGAUUCAUCUACGUCAGGCUCAGAGUAAGAUAGGGGAUCUGGAGCAAGAACCAGAGCCAGAGCUGGAGCCAGAGCUGGAGCCAGAGCCAGAGCCAGAGCCAGAG